CUCCGGUAUCGUCGCUUGCGUUUCGCUUUCGAAUUUGUCACGCACGUAUGCACGUACGCAAGUUUUUCGCGAACAUUUUGGCGAUCGCGAUUUCUCGGUUACGGGUUUUCAAUUUUAUCGUAAAAUACGUAUUUAAGUUUCGCCCGGCUAAACGAUUACGCGUCAACGAUACAUAAAGAUACAUACACCUCAAAUGCAGGUAAUUGCGGUACAAUAACAUGAUAUAAGUGUACACCGUGAAUAAAUUUAGUCGUGUGCGAAACGUGUAUCACGCGGGGAGUGCAGUGCAGCGGGAAUCGUAUCCCUCCACCCUCCCACGCACCCGGUGUUUGUGCGGUUUUUUAAGAAAAUAAUAUUUUCGAGUGUUUUUUUUUCACGUGUUCGUGCCACCAAAAUGAUGUUGUCCUGCGUGCUGAUGGUGUUGGUGUACACGGCGGAUAAAACAGGGUGUUCGUACCAGAGUCAUGGAGGAAGCGACAAGAACGGCGCUGGCGGCGGCGGGCGUGACGUCAACGCUGUGAAACCGGACGCCAACCAAUACUCUGGGCCACAAUUCGACCCGGAAACGCCCAGGAACGUGACGGCGCUGGAGGGAAAAUCUGCGUAUUUGACAUGCAAAGUCAAGAAUUUGGAUAACAAAACGGUGUCAUGGAUAAGGCACAGAGACAUACAUAUACUGACGGUGGGCGCGUACACAUACACCAGUGACCAGCGGUUUCAGGCCAUUCACCAUCGGUCGCAUUCAGACCAGUGGACUUUGCACAUAAAAUGGGCUCAAAAGAGAGACGCGGGCAUUUACGAGUGCCAGGUGAGCACACAACCGGUGAGGAGCAUAUUCGUCACGCUGAACGUCGUUGACGAUAAGCCACCGCCUUCGGAGAGCGACGAUAGUUUACUAGACAUGAUGAUAAGAGACGGAGACUUUACAAAAGUGCCAUCUGCUUCGAUUUCUGGUGGUCCGGACAUUCACGUGAAUGAAGGAAGUACCAUUAAUCUGACGUGCAUCGUGAAGUUCAGCCCGGAGCCGCCGUCUUACAUCUUCUGGUAUCAUUACGAUGAGGUGAUCAGCUAUGAUUCCCUUCGUGGAGGUGUGAGCGUGGUCACAGAAAAGGGAGACGUGACUGUCAGUUACUUGCUCAUACAGGAUGCGGUGCAAGCAGAUUCUGGCAAGUACACGUGCAAUCCAUCGAAUGCGGAUUUAUCCAGUGUAGUAGUACAUGUCCUAAAUGGCGAAAGUCCUGCAGCCAUGCAGACCGGUUCGGCCGGCUUAUCCAACAGUUCUAUCACGAUACUAUGCGUGAUGAUCCUGAGCUGGACGUUCACCAGGACCGAUGAUCAGUUAAGAUAAUAGACACGCGCCUGCCGCCCGUAUCUGCUCCUCUCCAGCAACCAUUACUCUAAUAAUAUAAAUUAUAUUAUUAUAUAAAAAUUUACAUUUAAUUGCAAGCUAUAAUGAUAACCAAAUUUAAAACAGUAAAUACAAAAACGGAAACAACGUUAGACCGAAAAAACACGCGUGCGCGGCCGGACGUGAUGUAUUCUAUCGUUUCGACUAAUCACGAGUAUACCACGUUAUAUUGUACGAUAUCGAAUCGCACUUAACAUCAGAUUCAUUCCUUUAAAAUAUUAUGUUCUGUGUGACUUUUUAACAGACAACCGCCCUCAAAAGAGGUGUGCUUGUGUUAUUUUCUUUUUCUUUUUUUAGAAACAAAUGUGUAAAUAUUAUUACCACAAUAAUAAUUUUAUUAUAAACGUUGUACAGGAUUUUUCUACAUAUUUAUCCACUACUUUGUCGUCAGUUACACGUUCGGUGUAUGGAUAUUAUUAUUAUAUAGAUGUCGCUUAAACACGACGAGCUGGUUUAUUUCCCGCAAAGUCGUUGUUAAACACUGGAAAACACUCGUGUUUUUGUUUUGUUUUUUUUUUUACAAAUUGUUGCUCUGUACAUAUUAUAUACAUAUAACUAUCUAAAUUCUCGUACGAUUAUAUGCACUCCCCGGUUUUCGACGCGUAUUCGUUUUGUUAUCGCGUCACCGUAAAUUGUUUAAUAGUAAUUAAUGUCCGGUCGUUUGUUGUAAAAAAAUAAAAAUAAAAAUGUUUUAUUUUUCGUACGCAGCAUAUUUCGUCGUAUUACCGGCUAUACAUGCCCAAACGGAAACAUCAUACCCACAAAAACGAACGAAUAUCGAAAAGGGGUAAUCUCGCCCCGCUAUACCUAUAUAACUGGACAGCGUGUAAUAUAAAUUGUAUGAAAUCGUCACUGUGAAUUACGUGUGCAAUUAGGGAAUGAGGAGGGGUAUCCGAUCAGCCUUUUCAAAUGUUAUACAAUAUAGGGUAUACUGAGUAUAGAUUUAUGUACCCUGAUGGGUGUAUAUUUUAUUAUAUGUGUAUAAUACAAGACUAUUCUAAAUGAUUCAUCUGUUGCUUGGUACUUGGCUUUUAAUCUAUACAUCACAUGAUAUUAAUCUAUGUGUAUCAAUUGGAUGUUGUUCUUGUAAACAUUUUUAGUCAUUUACAAGAUAUUGAAUGUAUACCAUAAAAUAAAUUUAAAUUAAUAUUAUUUAAUUAAAUGUAUCAAUUAUUACUCUAAGCCUAAAAACUUAAAACAUAUAACAAUCUGAAACCAGAUGAAUCAUUUAGAAAAUUAUAAACAAACUUGAUCCAAAAUGUUAAAAAUGUUUAAAGCGCAUCAUAUACAGCAGAUAGGAGACCGAGAGAGACAGAAAGAGCAAAUAAUUGUGACUAUUAUACUCGUAUUUAUUAUCACUGUAUCCGGCAUCAUAAGCGGAUCACCACUACGUCGGAGCCGUUUGUAUAAAUUGUACGUCCCGUCAAAUUUUAUUUUAACGCGUUUUCCCCGAUGCGCGAGCUUGCACCAAAUUACAUCGGACAAUGGCGAUAUUAUUAAUAUUGACGCUUGUUUGUGCGCGUACAGAUUACUACGUUACGCUCGGAACAUUGUAUACGUAAACACUGGGUGGAACAACGGUCCAGUAAGAGAAGAGGGUAAAAAAUUAACCAUUCGUGACGGUUUGGAACCGAUAAAUUAACGAUAUUGUAGUACACGUUAUAUCAUAAUACUAUACGCGCCGUUACGGUUGGAAUUCAAAACGUGUGUAACGUAUAUAAUUUAAUGUUAUGUACACUUUACGAGAUGUAUACGGAAUAACAAUUAUAACAAUAUCAUCGUAAUACGUUUUCGUUUUGUUGUCAACAGUGAUAUUAUUAUAAAAAGUGACAUUGAUUAUGAUAUGAUAACUAAAAACGGCGAUACAGUUUUACUACCGCUACAGUAUACCCAUUUUUUAGACGUCAGCCCAACCGCUGCCAACCACCAUCUAAACGUAGUUGGUAAAAAAAACUCGUUUUAGAACAGGCACGUUUAGUCGAAGUCAUUAUUCAGUAGGUAUAUACACUGUAUUAUGUAUAAUCUGAACAGCUGAUACCUAUUUAGAACUUUUUUUUUCUAUUAAAAUCGCGUUUACGUGUUUAUUAAACAUUAAGCACAGUUAGAUCGAUUCGCUUUUUAUCUCUAAUUAUUUUUAUUUUAAAAUGUCUAAAAACUUGUUUCGAGGCAUGAUUUUUACACUAUUAAUGUAUAAUAUUAUAAUAACAUGGUGUCUGUAAGUACACCUCAUAUACCUUUAUUCAACAUUA